AUUGACUAGAAUAUCGUAGACUGCUCCGAACGCUCCGAAGCUCCGAAUGCUCGACCAGCGUAACCGUGGGCUCAUCGCGAUCUCGGAAACAUCGGCUUCCGGGACCCGGAAAGGCGAGGUUCGCUCGAUCGGUUCUGCGGUUCGGUGGGACUGCGUUCAUGUUUCGCCCUUAGAUACGCAAGCCAUCGACAUAUGAGUUGUGCCCCGCGCAGUUCGAAUCGGACGGUACGACGAGUGGCCCGGACAGCAUGAGUUUCCAGGGACAGGCCGUGGCCAAAGAUGUCCUUGGACCGGAUGACAACUGCUUGGCCCUACUACUACUACUACUAGAGAAAUUCAUACCUCUCGAGAGUAUGACUUCUCAGCAAAAGAUCCCUGACGCGCCCACUCAGUGGCUCGAUGCGGGUCUAGUCCAGGAAUGGGUGAAGACGGGGAGACUCCUGCUGCUGGUGCAGCAUUCGAAUGCAGCUCACGGGCUCCUGGUGUGCCACCGAGGGGACGACUCAGCACCGAACCCCAUACUGCCGGCGGAGCACUGUUUUCCCAUCGAUGGGGACUUCAAGUGUGAAAUAGACACGUCGUGUGCCCACAGUCAGAGUGAGCGUUCGUCUCGGCCCACGAGGCCGUCCAACGAUGCGGCGGGUUCUGAUAUCUACGUCAAGGUGGUGCACAGGCGACGGCGGCUGCUCCUCGAGAUGCCGGCCACAGAUGCGGCGAGGUCAUUCCUGGCCCACGUCAGCAAGGCCGCCGAGCGGCAUGCCCUGCUGCGGAGUCCCCCAGAGAGCUUCCUGUGGCUGCAGCACUAUGGGGGCCUGCAGCAGUCCCAGGAGGGGACGCCGCUUCAGAGCCCUGGCGAGCCGCCCCGGCAGAGCAUCGCUGAGGGGGCCACCCCCCUGGCCGCCCGGGAGAGCGUGGUACGCCUUCAGCUGGCCAUGCGGGAGGACGACUACACGCACCUGCAGGAGCUCAGGCUGUUUGUGGGGACGUGGAACGUGAACGGGCAGGCAGCGGGCAGCACAGGGCUGUCCGAGUGGCUGUCCUGCGACACGGAGGCCCCCCAGCUGUACGCCGUGGGGUUCCAAGAGCUGGACUUGAGCAAAGAGGCCCUCCUGUUUGCAGACAGUCCCCGGGAGGAGGAGUGGCUCACGUGCGUGGCCAUGGGACUGCACCCCGGCUGCCGCUACAAGCUGGUCAAGCUGGUUCGUCUGGUGGGCAUGAUGCUUGUGCUGUUUGUGGACGAGGCCCUGGCGGACCAGGUGCACGAGGUGGAGGCCCACUGGGUGGGCACGGGCAUCCUGGGCAAGAUGGGCAACAAAGGGGCCGUGGCUGUGCGGCUGCGCCUGCACGCCAGCACCCUCUGCUUUGUCAACUGCCACCUAGCUGCACACCUCGAGGAGUGCCAGCGGCGCAAUCAGGACUUUGCCGACAUCUGCGCCCGGCUGGCCUUUGGCAACACCUCCAGAGGCCUGGGAGACCACGACCAGGUGUUCUGGCUGGGCGACCUCAACUACCGACUGGCAGACCUGGACCCAGAGCACGUCAAGACCCAGGUGGAGCAGGGCCGCCUGGACGCCCUCCUGGCGUACGACCAGCUGCGCUCGCAGCAGCGCCUGGGACGGGCCUUCAUGGGGUACGAAGAGGGGCCGAUCCUGUUUCGCCCCACGUACAAGUACACCCCGGGCAGCCAGCAGUGGGACCUGAGCGAGAAGCAGCGGGCGCCGGCCUGGUGCGACCGAGUCCUCUGGCGGGGGCCCCACGUGACCCAGGUGCGCUACAGCUCUCACGAGGCCCUGGUGCUGAGCGACCACAAGCCCGUGAGCGCCCUCUUCCGCGUCGGGGUCAAGGUGGUGGACCAGGCCAAGUUCCGGACGGUCUACGAGGAGAUCAUGAAGAAGCUCGACAAGCUCGAAAACGAGUUCCUGCCGCAGGUGGCCGUAGACCGCCUCGAGGUGCAGUUUGAACGGUUACGCUUCAUGGAAAGUCAGGUCCAGACGCUUACAGUGGCCAACACGGGUCAGGUACCUGUGGAGUUCUGCUUCAGAGCCAAACAUGACACGGGCCGCUACUGCAAGGACUGGCUGCGGGCAAUCCCAUCUUCGGGUGCCAUCAAGCCCGGGGAGACAUGCCUAGUGACCUUGGAGCUGUGUGUAGACAAGCGCACUGCCUGGCAGCUGAACAGUGCCUCCGAUUCUCUGGAAGACAUCUUGGUGCUGCACCUUGAGCGUGGCAAGGACAUCUUCGUGACCGUGUCCGGCGAGUACGAGCCCAGCUGCUAUGGCUGCUCCCUGGAGGCCCUGGCACGAAUUCCCUGUCCCGUCAGGGAGCUGGGCCGAGACCGCCUGCUGAGAGUGGAGCAGAGCCCCUGCCAGGAGGGUCUGCUUGGGGUGCCCUUUGAGGUGCCCAAGGAGCUCUGGCUGCUCGUGGACCACCUGCACAAGUACGGCCUCACGCAGGACGACUUGUUCCAGCAGUCCGGCCUGAGCAAUGAGCUGCACCACAUUCGGGACGCCUUGGAUGCCCGGUUGGACGGGCACCUACCUGGCAGCGUCCAUUCCAUGGCAGAGGCCCUGCUGCUCUUCCUCGAUGCCUUGCCAGAACCAGUUGUGCCCUACGCCUGCUACCAGCGCUGCCUCGAUUGCUCAAACAACUUUGUGCUUGCCAAGCAGGUGGUGUCCCAAAUGACACCCGAAGUGCACAGACACACAUUUCUGUACCUGGUCUGCUUCCUCAAGGAGCUGUUGACCCACGCCAAUGACAACCGGCUCGACGCCAAACUGCUCGCAAACGUGUUUGGACCCGUCCUGCUGCGGCCGAAGGCACACGGAGCCCUGGAGCCCGGGACAAGCCCCUGGGACACGCGGAGGGACACCGACGAGCGCAAAAAGGCCACCUUUGUGUACCACUUCCUGAUGAACGACUACUCCGACUGAGACCAAUGAAGCGCCGCUAACUUUUUUA